GCAAUCAUCAAAUAUUUACAAGAUCAAGGAGUCCUUAUCCUCCUCACAUCCUCUGCCUUGGCACAAGAUGAUGGGUUCACCCCUAAGGAGCCCAUCAGCCUCCUGGCCCUGUUUCUGUUCACCUCAUCCCGGUCGGUGUGCCUGAGAGAGGCUGAUUGUAAAGUGGACGUCCCUUCAGCUGUGCCACUGGACCCUAUUCCUCCCAACACAGCAGCAGAUUCAAAAGUCAAAAGUGAAAACACAAAGCCCACUGCGGGGCUUGACCAGAGUGGCGAAGGGCCCACAAAAGGUGUCAGCUCGGCCAGCAAGCUAUGGGUGCAGCAGAGCAGGAGGAAAUCCAGCCGAACCGUUGUGACCAGCACCAGGAAGAAAUGGUCACCCCUCAAGAUGCAAGCACAUCCUAUGGGGGACAGUGGCAGGAACAGGAAAGCGACCAGGAAGAAGAAAAUCAACAUUGCUUUCUCCUUUCCUAAAAAGCCAGGGCUCACAGCCAAUUCUAAUGAGCCCAUGCUUAAAUUAGCCAAUUUGCAGUUUCCGCACAGAAGGAAAAGAGGUGCAGAGGUCCUGUCUGCAGAAUUUGUGCACAAAACACAGUCUGAACCUGUUCAGAAGGAAACCUCAGCUCCCGACGAUCCUGGCUUGGAAACAAAGAGACCAAAGACGCUGAAGAACCCAGACAAGAAAGAAGUUCCUGUUGCUGAGACCAUCACGAAGCCACUGAAUUUUAAGAUACUAAAAAGUGUGGUUAACAGCCCAUCAAAACCUCAAGCCAAAAAGCAAGCAGGAAGUGAAUGGAAGGAACCACUCUCUGUCCUGCCGAGCAAAGCUUCUUCCCAGUGCCACGGAUUGGGUAGCCAAACGAGUGAGAUUUACCCAGGCAGGGUUGCUGAUCUCGGUUUCGAUCUGAAGGGGAAUGACUACGAGUCCCACGCCUUGAACUUGCUGGCUGAUCUGGCUCUGGGUUCUUGUAUUCCUUCAUUUAUCCCCAGGGACAGCGGGAUGAUUGCUGUGUCCUGCAGCCCCUCCAGUGACUCUGCAAAGGAGCAGCAGAGUCAUCACAAACACAAAUCCUUGCGUGUUGCUUCUGACCAUGAAUAUCACAGGGUAGACAAGCUUGCAAAGGGAGCCACCUCUCCUGGCAAAGCAUCGCCAGAUCAGAAGCUUCCUCCUACUGAAAAAAUAGACUUAAAUGACUUGGCCUCUAUUCCCAGGGAGAAAAGCCCUGGGAUUUAUAGCAAGAAGAACAGUGUGAGCCCCAGCCUUGCAAAAACCCAAGCGUUGCCUCCAAGAGAGACUCAAGAAGCUGGCGAAGUGAACAAGCACUCCUUCAUCUCUGCCGAGCACUCUUAUGCCUCGCAGAUGCCUGAGCACUCAAAGAAACACAUGUAUCCCAGAGGUGUCCCCUACCCCGGACCAGCACCUUCUAGAAACGGGACCAGGAACGCCCGAGCAGGACCCCUGGUUGGGAAAGUCCUGCCUUUCCGCCACCAGCAGAACAGCACCCAGCUGCAGCGGCCCUUCGAGGCUGUGGCAAUGAGACACAGGAGCAGCCUGCUCUCCCGCAGGCUGAAGGAGGACUUUGCGAAGUCCCACACAGUGGACAUCUGUGGUGAGUCCAUGAAGGUGACGUGCCAUUGGGAGCCAGAGUAUCUCUUCAGUCUGGACAGCAGGUACACCAACGAUGCCCUGGAGAAAACAGUCAUCCGCGCCCUGCACGG